AUGAUCGGAAAUAGUCCAUCCGAUUCCAAAUCUGCAGAAGAAGGCGAAAAUAAUGAUGCUUUUGAUGAAAUUUAUAAUGACGCCAUCAAUAAAAAUACUAAAAAUAGAACGGAAAAUAACAAUACCGCACACGACUUUGUAACAAUCAACAUAAGCGGUCAUACGUAUGAGAUUGAGAUUGAUGACAUUCGAAGAGCUCCUUCAUCGCGUUUGCACCGAUAUGCUUUUAGCGGCAAACAAGCGGCUAUGGACUUUAAGAGGCCUAUCUCGAGUUUCGAAGCUGUGCUCGCCUAUUACCAGACAGGAGAGCUACACAUGCCGCUGUCCGUCUGCCCCAGUGCCUUCAAGUCUGAGCUAGACUUCUGGGAACUCGAUCCCCAAAUUAUGAUGAAAUGCUGCUACUACAGAUACCUGUCGCACGAGGAUGACAUGGAAACCAUCGACCAUUUUCACAGGCACCUGUUUCCUGACGAUGUUGUGCGAAAACGGAAGCGAACUUUGCUGCCCAACCUCCGGCAGAAACUGUGGAACAUCAUCGACUUCAAUGAUAAAAAUAUCAUCACGACGAUCUAUUUCUGGCUGUGCACGCUGAUGGUAAUUCUGAGCGUAAUGACCCUCGCCUUGAGUAGUCUCCCGCAAUUCAAAAGGAACCUGACCAAAUGUGAAUUGGAAGAUUACCUCGGCAAAGAGAUGCAAAUGGUUUCAAGAGCAACCGCCAACGCUGACGACUCGUGCGAGGAGCCGCUGGCGGAUGACGUGUAUUCUGGAGUAAUUACAGAUUUUGAGGAAAUCGAAGUCAAAGAUAAAUCGGAAUUAACUGAAGACGACGUUAUUGUGAAAGAGUUUGAAAGGAAAGUUAAUGUGACGGAUUCAGGACUGAAACCAACUGAGACUACAAACGAUUUUGCUAAGAAUGAUUUUCAAAGAAAAGGAAACGUCUCUGAAAAUGACAACUCGGAGAACUCAACUUUUGUUCCGGCUCUUGUGCGUUCAGCGUUUGAUUUUCGGUUCAAUUUGGCAGAUACGGUUGAGGAUAGUGAAUUUAUCGAGCAUGUUUUUCAAGCUUUAAGGCCAAAUGUCGGUAUCGAAAAGAAAACGGUUCGAAUCAAAACAUUAGUUUAUCUAGACACCAUCGCUCUCGGAUUUUUCACUCUGGAUUUAUUGUUGCGCAUUUUCUCUUGUCCAAAUAUCAAAAAAUAUUUUCUUUCGACAAUCAACGUCAUCGAUGCGCUUGCCGUUCUUUCUUCAUACGCACAUUUGACCGUGAAUAUUUUGCGCAAGAAUGAACAAUACGAAUUUUCCAAUUUCGACAUUCUGGAGAUUUUCCAAGUCCUACGCGUCGUUCGUUUAUUGAGAAUUGUUCGAGAUGUGAUUGGGUUUAAGGUUUUAUCGUUUUCGCUGCGACAUUCGUCUAAAGAUUUGUUCGUUCUGUUCCUCUACAUGAUUCUCGGGAUGACGAUCUUUGCAAAUUUCAUCUUCUUUGUUGAGAGUGAGCAGGCAAUCGAUAGCAUUCCGACGGGUUGGUGGUGGGCCAUAAGCACGCUAACGACGGUCGGGUACGGUGAUGUUACGCCUACUACUUUAUACGGACGUCUGAUUGGCGGAAUUUGUGCGGUUUCCGGCGUGGUUGUUAUGGCAAUCUCGAUUCCCGUUUUCGUGAAAACCUUCAUGUUGCUUUACGCGUAUGCCGUUUUGUAUAAGAAGUCUCUUCAUAAACCGGAAGACACACAUCGCUAUAUUCACCGUAUCGGUCGCCAAAACGCCGCUGCUCUACAGAAGCAAUUGAACAAUUCCAAUAUUUAG